AUGGGUCUCCGGAGUUCAUUGGCCUCCAAGGCAUCGUUGGUGUCUCUCUCGUCAUCUUCCAGUCUGUCUAGGUGCUCGUCGACCGAACAGUAUGCUUCUGGGAGAUUCAAGCGAUCGUCAUCGUCUUCAUUGAACCUUGCUUCGGCGACGAUUGGGCACUAUGAGCAAGCCCUGAAGUCAAACCAUUGUUCUCAGUCUCUGCAGAGGCAAGCAACUCAGUUGCCACAGCAAACCAACCUCGUUUCCAUGAUAGCAUUGCGCAUGAUUUUUCAAUUUAUAGGGUCCAUCUUUCCCGAAGUAUCAUACGUCCUGGAACUGCUUAAAACCAUGCUUGUGAACUACCGUGAUCAGUAUGUAAUGAACAUGCACCAUCAUGGAGCAUUCCCACAUCUGGUGAGCUCCACAAGCUUUUCCUCUCUGGGAGAACAGAUUGUCCAGACCAUGCAGUUUGCGUCAGGUUGCCAAGCAAGCAUUUCAACCGGAAAGCUCCGCGGAGACCAUUCCGGGACGAUUCCAAGCACACAAAGCGAGGAAUUUCAACCUGUCGCCAAGCUUAUUGUUGACAACGAUGAAGGGGUCCGCGAAGGCACUGGCAAUCCCGAGCAAUGCUGGGGCCAUUUUGCUGACUUCGAUUGCGCGGAAGAACGUGACAUUGCAUUCAUGACGUCAAGCUAUGCGCUUGGAACCCUCAACGAAGAAGAAGACGAACACGGCGACGUGGAUUAUUAG